UUCCACAGCUUGUCCGUUGGUGUUUUGAUAGCACGGACAAUAAAACACAGCUUCACCUUUCUCACGUUCAGCCUGUCCUGCUGCUGUUUACGAGCAGCCGCCGACUUUGAAUAAGAGACCCGACUAGCUGUGAUAAUAACAGCGCGGUCCGUGAAGGUGACGAGGUCCACAACAGUCCAUGAGUCGCAGUCGAAACCCCCCUCCCCGGGGUCAAGGGGCAGCCCGAGCCAAACAGAUGGGGCUGCUCCUUGACCUGUCCCCGGAUGGAGGGAUGAACGACGACGGAAAUGAUGAAGAGCUGGAGGCAGAGCUGCUGAAUCUGAUGGGAGGGGGUGGAGGAGGAAGAUCACAAGGGAAGAAAGGUGAAGGCAAAGCUCCUGUUCCUAUGGCUGAAAUAGAGCGAAUGGCAGCUCUUUGUAUGAAAGACCUGGAUGAUGAGGAAAUAGGAGAUGACGAUUUGGAUGAUGACGAUCUGCUGGCAGAACUGAAUGACGUUUUAGAGGAAGAUGAGGCAGAAACUCCUGCUGCCAGCACUCCUGCCAUCACGCCGACUGCUCCCAAAGUGAGCGUCACAUCCCACUCCGCUCCUCCAGCUGCUCCCAGUGGUGCAACUGGGUUGGAAGCCCGCCUAUUGGAGCGCAUAGAUAUGUAUAAGACGGCCAUUUCCAACGCCAAGGCUGCUGGGGAGACUAGCAAAGUUCGAAGAUAUGACCGUGGGUUAAAGACACUACAGUCCAUGUUGACAUCUGCCAGGAAAGGAAAGCCAGUCAAUGAGGAGGAGAUGCCGCCUCCUGUUGCACUUGGCGGAAAGCCCAACGCCACAGCCGAGUCUGAAUCAACGAAAGAACGAGAACCGCCCCAGCCCACACUCAUGCCCUCUCCUCCCACAAAUCGUAAACCUCUGAGGGAAGCUGCGCCUACAGCUCCGAAUACAAGGCCAGUCCAUCUGACCCCACCUCAAAACCCCUCUGCUGCCAUCACCCCAGAAACACCUGCCAUCUCCCCCCUCACCCCCAGUCAGCCUGACGCACAGCACUCAGAGCUGAAACAGGCUGUAUUGUCCAGACAAAGGGAGUAUAAGAUGGCUGCCAUACACGCCAAACAGAAUGGUGAUGUUGACCUGGCCAAACAGCACUACCUCACUUCCAAGAGGAUAGACUUGCUGGUGGAGGCACUGGAUGCAGGCAAACCAGUUGACCUGAGCUCACUACCUCCCCCUCCUGGAGACGUAGUAGCUGUUCACUGUGCUCCUCCUCCUCCUCAGUCUUCCACUAAGCCUGCUGCCCCCACUGCUCCUGCACCCACCCAGGUGUCCACUGCUGACCUGCCUGCUCCCAGGAGCUUGGCAGAAGCCCUGCAGCAGAGGAUGGACAUAUACAAGUCAGCAGCAGAGGGAGCCAAGAGCAAAGGAGAUGAUCGCAAGGCUCGCAUGCACCAGCGCAUUGUCAAGCAAUACCAAGAUGCCAUCAAAGCUCACAAAGCUGGACGACCUGUCAGCUUGUCUGACCUGCCUGUGCCACCAGGCUGUCCACCGCUUCAGGGCUCAGAGGGGGGUCAGCAGAACUUCCUGGGUGUCUUGGAAACAGCUAUGAAAAUAGCUAAUCAGGAUGCAGAUGGCGAAGAUGAAGAAGAGGAUGGACAAAGUGUGGCUGCCAAGCCUGCAGCACGGCCACCUGCCCAGAAGGCAAAGUCUCCAGCUCCUCAGGCGCCUGGAGGCUCCACAGCUGUAAAACUGGGACCUAAAGCUCAGCAGCAAGUUGAUUUCCUGUUGCUAAGACGACAGGCUUUUAUGCGCGCGGCACUGCGCUCCAAACAGAUGAAGGACAUGAGUGGAGCAGCACAGCAGCUCAGACAUGCCAAGGGACUGGACCCCAUGAUCACCGCUGCCAAGUCGGGCCUACCUGUUGAUAUCAGCAAGAUUCCCAGUGCUCCAGUCAGUGAGGAGGACUACUCCCUGGCUCGCUCCCGCUCCCCUCGCUCGCCUCGCUCCAGUGAACAGUUCCAUGGACUCAUGGAUCUUUUACGGAAGCAGCAUGAGAGAUGCCUGGCUAACUGUCAGCAGUUCGUACACCUGGGCAGUGUGUCUGAGGCUCUGAAGUUUGAGAAGCUGGUUGAGGAGUGUAUGAAGAACAUAGAGAUACUGAAGAAUGCCUAUGCAAAGGGCCAGCCAGUCCCCAAGUGCCACACAGAGGAGAGGACCUUCAACACUGUCAAGAUCUACUCUAAUCUGACACUUAAUGAGAUGGUGCUGUACAUCAUCAGAGGCAUCAACCUACCAGCUCCCUCAGGUGUCUCACCUAACGAUCUGGAUGCCAGUGUGAAGUUUGAGUUUCAUUUUCCUAGUGCGGAGGAGGCUCAGAGGGACAAAACCAGCACAGUAAAGAACACCAGCAGUCCAGAGUUUAAAGAGCAGUUCAAACUCAACAUAAACCGCGGCCACCGGGGCUUCAAACGAGUCGUCCAGUCCAAAGGCAUCAAGUUUGAAGUCAUCCACAAGGGAGGCCUGUUUAAGACAGACAAAGUGGUGGGUACUGCUCAGCUAAAGCUAGAGGCUCUAGAAAACCACUGUGACAUGAGAGAGAUCAUCGAGGUGAUGGAUGGACGUAAAGCUACAGGUGGCAAGUUGGAGGUGAGGGUGAAAAUCAGAGAGCCGUUAUCGGGAGUUGAUCUCCAGCCGGUGACAGAGAAGUGGCUGGUUCUCGAACCCGUGCCCGUCCUUUCUCCUCCAGAGAGACAAAAGGAACGAGCUCCAUCUCCUCGGUCUAAACCCAGACAUGAAGCAAGUAGCAGCAGUAGCAGCAGCAGCAGCAGCAGGAGCAGUCAUCCCAACAACUCUCCUCCACAGUAUAAACUCCACAGCUUCAGUCUCCUCAACUAUGACAGGGAGCGGCUGGAGAGAAAGAUGGCAGAGUACCGAAAGACGCGCCGGGAUCCCCCAUCUGACCUCAUCCAUCAACACAAAGAGGUCACACACAGACUGCAGUGGCAGAAAGCGCAGCUGGAGCGAGCGUCUCCUGCUCUGCUGACAGAGUAUGAGACUGUGCUGCGCCGUUUAGUUCAGGGACUUGCUGACUCUGUGAAGAAAUACUCCAGCCAAGGCAACAGGGAUGUUGCUAAGGAUGCACUUGGCAGGUUGAAGAUGGUAGAGAGUGAGUUGGAAUCGCUGAAAAGAAAACGCACUGGAUGAGUGGAGUAAGAAGAGUGGAGACUUGGCUGAAAUACUGUUAUAUCAUCUCUCUCUCUCUGUCUGUCAUACACACUCAUAUACAAACACUACAGUGGGUACAACCUUUAGCAUGAUUCUGCGCUGCUCAUGUUCAUGCAACUGCAUGAACCAGCUUCGUAAUUCUAUCAAUCAUAUAACUUGUGUCGCUUGUGGUUAGCCGCCUGCCAAAAUAAAACAAAUCUGUAACUACAAAGGGACACACAAAUGAAAGCAAGCAUUCUUUUAGCUAAAGGAGAGGCAGGUUUAUUUGCACUUAGACAAGACAAACACUACAGAAAGCUGGGCUUUACAGACCUGCACUCAUUUUUUUUAUUUCAAUCUUUCUUAUGAGAAAUGUUGGUGAAGAGAUUUAUCAGACUUAAAGUUUUACAUUUGACACCAGCUCAGUGUCUUUUGGUGUCCAAAGAUGACCAAAAAAUUGUGCGUGUGUGUGCUCUGAAGUGUGUUUAACCAAUGGACUGAGGUGUUUUUAACCCCUUUUUCCAUAUUUUAUGUGUGUAAUGAGCUUAAUCUAAUCUGUCUGCUACAGUGUUCCCAGAUUACAGUAAUCUGCUCCGUUUGGAGUGAUGUGAUAUGGGAAUAAAAAAAAAAAAAACAGCGCUCCGGGGUGCUGCAGCCUACAUCCCAUAAUGAGGGAUUAGUGUUUGUGUCACCAAGGAGACGACUAGAUCAGACGUAGAGUCGCCUUUGGGGCUGGGGAGAGGGGGUGUUAAUGGCGUGCCGUGAAUGUGGCAGAAGCUUAGCUCCGCAAAAGGAUUGCUACUACUUCAUCAUCGGUUGUUUCUUCUUUGUUGUCUUCUUCAGCUUCACUCUCGUCACACUAAUUCCUUCAUAGUUUAUUCAGAGUCGUGAGUAAUAGGCUGCUCCGUUUGGAUUUUCUUUAAACUCUUAUUAACAAUAUUAAGUCCAUUGUGCUGUCGAUUAGAAAAUAAUUAACAGCUGCUGCGUCAGUGUGCUGCUAUUUUCCACAGAUUUUGGCAUGUGCAGUUUACAAAACCAGAUUCUGUCCCACUGAGCUCUCCAGUGGCAGCACAGUGGAUACUGAACAGUCUGCCCACAGAAAGACAACCCAAUAUGUGUCAGUAAGGCUGGAUAAUUGCUCAUUUCUAUUUCUGUUCACCCAUCAUAGGCAUCCUUGUCAUUUCUCUCUACUAUCCACUUUUUCUUGACCGUCAAGGAAACAAAAUUCGGACGAAACCUGGUAAAUUUUAUAAAAUGUGUGACGAGUGCAGGCGCCUUGAAAUGAAUCAUCAUGCCACAACAACACUAUAUGUAAAAAAACAGCAAUGUGACAAAUGUGUCACACUGCUGCCAUGUAUUCUCUGCUCUGUUUAGUGCUCUGGACAGAUGUUCCUUCUGUGUGCUUGACAACCUGACAGCAGACGACAGCAGAUGCUGUUGAUCCACGUUGAUUGCAUGCGCCCGGGAUGUAGCAGACUACUUCAAAUGAGGAGUUGUCUAUAUUUUAUUUGACUCUACAUUGUGGAUGAUGUCUGUUAACUUUACUAAUAAUCUUUUUUUUCGGUCAUGUGACAAAACAGCAUUAUGUGUUGUUGUAUAUGACGCUGCCUCGCCCCAUUAGCAAAUAAUCCUGGAUAAAGUUGAACUGAUGUCGUCAUUCAUGUUGAUUUGUUUUAAUGUAACGCCCCCACUUUUUUUGUUUAUAACUACCUUCUGACUCUUAUGGCGCCUUUGAUCAGCUGAUACUGUUUUUAGACGGGAUACAGUAAUGAUCUUAGUGACAUAAUAACUUUAAUAUGGGAUGUCACUUAAAGGAUCAUAUCAGUGUGUUUGCUCUUUCACUACAAGCCACGUACAUGACAGAUUUUAAACGCAUGCAGGACUGUUCAAAGAAGCCAAUAGUUUGAAAGUCAUUUAGCAGACCUGAAACUUGAGUUUAAUAUUUGGUCCACUGUAUUCCAUCAAGACUGCGUAAAUGUUUGUCGAAGUGACAGCUUCAAAUUUCUUGUUUUUGUCUAAACGCGGCUCCAAAACCUCCGAGGAGAGAUUCAGUUCACUCACAUAAGACAAAGCAAUCCUCAGUUCAGAAGCUGGGUAUCGGGAAUGUUUGGUGUUCAGUCUUGAAAAAUACAUUUCUUAAAAACAGCAACAUGUUUUACAGAUGGGACCAGCUGUGAUGUAAACUAUAUGCAGUUUUGUAGUAAGGGAGCUAAAACAUGCCAAACUGUCGAAGCUCUCCCUAACGCACACACAGAAAAAUGCGACAGUGCAGCACCCCUUUCUUUCACUUCAAAACCUUUAACCCCUGUGUCACUUCAAACACACUCCUGCCACAUCACCCCACUACUCGAGUAACCUCGCGGCCUCUGAGGCUGUCCUGUUGUCAUGGCAACAGGCUCAUCAGCAUUCAGUGUUGUAGUUGAAUGGUCAGGACCCGGGAAGAGAAACAUAUUGUUUAAAGUUUGUCCAUCUGGUGACUCAAAGUCCUUUCUCGCAUUUUCAAGACACCACCAGCACACACUCCUCCUUCUUUCUGUUUUUAAAGUUUGUUUGCCUCCUUUUUCUUGUCCUUUUUUUCUGCUCUGUAAUCUGACUACACUCCAUUUAAAAAGGAGAAAGUUGGAUGGAUUGUUUAUUAUGUUUGUCCUGAUCAGCUGCAGUAUACAUGUACUCAUCUGGGCUUGGGAAGUAACUAUCAUUGAACCUAAUGACUUUUUUUUUUUUAAAUCUGUUAUGUCAAGUAAGGGCAAUCAGUAUAAAUGUAAUAUUUAUAUACAGUAAAUAUACAGCAUAUUAUGCACUGUCUCUAUUUUUAAGUGUAAGUCAUGAUGAUCUGUGCAGCUCUACAUGGGGAAUGUAUGAAGGCCUGAUUGUUUAGGCUUUAUUAUCUUAAGUAUGAGGUUGGUGUUAACAUGAAUAAAAUUGUGAAACAGCA